UCUGAAGGACUCGGUCCUCCUCUGGGUCUCUGGGCUCUGAUCCGGACCGGGCGGGUCUGAUCUGAUGACAGCCGCCCCCUGACGUCGCUGUGUGGGCGCACUCUGCGUGGCAGCCUGGGUCGGACUGGGCCAACCGAGGGGAACGACGAGGGAGCAACAUCUGGAGGGGAAUGUCGGAUCACUCGGAGAUCGUGUGUUUUCUCUCCUUCGGCUUGUUUUUCCCUCAGAGAGAAAUAAUUCCUCGGAGUUCUUGAGCUCCUUUUCUGGAAGCGAGGUGCUGAAGUCUACACCCCAAAAGCAGGUCGUCAUGGAUCAGUCCGUCGCAAUUCAAGAAAGUUUGGAAAGGGAAGAAAACUGCAUCAUAGCUGUCCAGUGUGACGUCCUGGUUGAUGGGAUGUCAGAGAGCCGCCUGUUGGGACUGGUGGCAUCUGCAGAGGAACAUGCAAUCUUUAUUUAUACCCAUCGAAGAAUGGCCAUUACUGCCGACGACGUGUCACUGGAGGACAUAAUACCCAUAUCUCUGGACUUUGCUGUAGUUGAAGUUUCUUCACCGGAGGAGCUGGUGGUUGUGGGUGCCGAUACGAGAGUGAGGAUAACUUACAAGGACAAUGAGUUGGAGCUCAAGCUUCCUUUUGGGUCCCACUCUCGUCUCUUCCUCAGCGAAGUCAACAAGGCCUGGAGUGAUGUUUGCAGGCCUCCUGCACAGCUCCAAAACUUUGAAUGGAUUAGCAAAUACCAGAAAGCCACCAGAGACCCGGGAGCAGUCAAACAAGCCUUCGCACCCAUCAGCACUAAACUGACUAAACUCAACCAGCAUCGGAAAACAGAUAAGCCGUUGGACACGAAGGGAACUGUAGAAAAGCAGAAAGGCUCCAACGGUGGCACACAGAAGUCUGCAGUGUCUUAUGGCCCAGAGAGUCGAGAGGACCGGGAUGACCUGGUGCGAUCCUCCAGCCACACCGCUUCAAACAAGGCUCAGAUACUCACCAUGCCGCAGUUUGGGCUCCGCGACAAUCUCAUCAAGUGUGAGCUGCUGAAAAAUGAGGAUCUUUACACUUAUCUGGAGUCCUUCAGCUUCUUUCUUGGCACAUACAACGUGAAUGGACAGACACCAAAGGAAAGCCUCCGUCCUUGGCUGAGCUGCACUCUCCACCCUCCCGACAUAUACUGCGUGGGAUUUCAGGAGCUUGACCUCAGCAAAGAGGCUUUCUUCUUCAACGACACCCCCAAGGAGCAGGAGUGGACGAAGGCUGUGUCUGAGGCCUUGCACCCGGACGCCAAGUAUGCCUUAGUGAAGUUGGUGCGUCUGGUGGGCAUCAUGCUGAUCUUCUACGUGAAGAAGGAGCACGCGGAGUUCAUCUCGGACGUGGAGGCGGAGAAUGUGGGGACUGGCAUCAUGGGAAGGAUGGGAAACAAAGGCGCUGUGUCAAUCCGGUUUCGGUUCCACAACUCUGACAUCUGUGUGGUCAACUCUCACCUCGCCGCUCACAUCGACGAAUAUGAGAGGCGCAAUCAAGACUUUAAGGAUAUUUGCAGCCGUCUCCAGUUCCGCCAGCUCGAUAUCACCCAGCCUCCACUCACCAUCAUGAAGCACAACGUGGUUUUAUGGAUCGGAGAUCUCAACUACAGAAUCAGCGACCUUGAUGUCGACAGUGUUAAGGAGCUAAUCAGUAAAAAGGACUUUGAAGCGCUGCACAGUUUUGAUCAGCUGAAGAGGCAGAUCGAUGAGGAGGCUGUUUUUGUUGGCUUCGAGGAGGGACCGAUUAAUUUCCAGCCCACCUACAAAUACGAUACGGGCUCUGACAAGUGGGACACGAGCGAGAAAUGCCGCGUUCCCGCCUGGUGCGACCGAAUCCUGUGGAAAGGGAAGAACAUCAAACAGCAGCAUUACCAGAGUCACAUGGCUCUGAAGACCAGCGACCACAAACCUGUCAGUUCGCUGAUGGUGAUCGGGAUCAAAAGAGUGAAUAGUGAAGCCUAUAAGAAGACAUUUGAAGAGAUUGUACGCACGAUAGACAAAAUGGAGAAUGAAUGCAUCCCGUCCGUUACGUUGUCCAGGCGAGAGUUUUACUUUAAGGAUGUGAAGUUCAUGCAGCACCAUGCAGAGACACUGAGGCUCUUCAACGACGGGCAGGUCCCGUGUCAGUUUGAGUUCAUCCAGAAGCCCAACGAGACCACCUACUGCAAGCCGUGGCUCACAGCCAACCCCCCCAAGGGCUUCAUAGCUCAGGGUGGUUCUGUGGACAUCGACCUGGAGGUUUUUGUGAACCGUUCAACGGCCCCCGACCUGAACUGUGGGAAGCAGCAGAUUGAAGACAUCCUGGUGCUCCACCUGGAGCGGGGGAAGGACUACUUCAUCUCUGUGACAGGAAACUACCUGCCCAGCUGCUUCGGCACCUCCAUCCAGUCACUGUGUCAGCUGAGGGAGCCCAUCCGAGACAUGCCCCAGAGCGUCCUGCUCGAGCUGACUGAGAUGUCCAGAAAUGAAAGUACAGAAACCGCUGAAAAGCCACUCGACAUUCCAAAAGAACUUUGGAUGAUGGUGGAUCACUUAUUCCGCAAUGCAGUAAAGCAGGAAGACAUAUUUCAGCAACCUGGGCUGCGGAGUGAAUUUGCCGAAAUACGGGAUUGCCUGGACACGGGGAUGCCUGAUUCCCUCCCGGGCAGUAACCACUCGGUGGCCGAGGCCCUGCUCCUCUUCCUCGACGCCCUGCCGGAGCCCGUGGUUCCCUUCUCCUUUUACCCGCAGUGCCUGGAAUGCUGCUCCAGCGCCAGCCAGUGUGAGACAGUAAUUUCCCUGCUACCUCAGUGCCAUAAAAAUGUGUUCAACUACUUAGCUGCCUUUCUCUGUGAGCUGUUGAAGAAUUCUGCUAGCAAUCGAUUAGACGUCACUAUUUUAGCCACCAUUUUUGCCUCCUUGCUCCUGAGGUCCCCCAAGAAGCAGGUUCUUGCAGAGAAGAGGAAGACUCAGGAGUUCUUUCAGCACUUCCUCGCCACUGGCUCCUCAUAGGCUGAGGACUGACGACUGCCCCCUCCAACACCACCCGCCCCUUUUUUGUUUGCUGAAGCCGAACACUAAAAACUGCAAAUGUCCAGUAUUUGAAAUAAACUGUAAUAAUUUGUGAUAUCUUCAGAUGACUUUGUAUAGCUGUAGAGUAAUUACUGUAUGUGAUUGUUCUUUUCUGAUAAUAGUUUCAAAACAAUGUUUGUGAUUUAUCAAUGCAGAGUUUAUUGUCAUCUGUUAAAGCCUAACAUUUUUAAUGUAUGUAUAUUUUAUUUAAAAAAAGAAAAUAAUUUGUAUUUUAAUGUCUCAAAUCUCCACAUCAUGUUUUUUCUAUAUAAAAUUGUUGAAAACAA